AUGUUUGACCAAGCCAAGACUAUGGGCGAUGGAGUCGCCGAGGACCGAAACCACUGUGGACCCAAUUCACUGCGCCGGGACCGCAGUGGAGACGCAAAAACUCUGGCGGAAGUGGCAAGCCGCAGUUCCGGCGACGCUCCUGCGGGGACAUCUGUGUCCACCCCGAGCUCCUCCAGCGAGGACGGACACGACAAACUGUUAGGAGUGGACCCUGACUACUGCCGCAGGAUUUUAGUUCGAGAUGCUAAAGGCACUAUCCGUGAGAUCGUUUUGCCGAAAGGUCUGGACUUGGACCGGCCGAAGCGCACGCGCACCUCCUUCACUGCCGAGCAGCUCUACCGGCUCGAGCUCGAGUUCCAGCGGUGCCAGUACGUGGUGGGGCGCGAGCGCACGGAACUCGCCCGCCAGCUGAACCUCUCCGAAACUCAGGUGAAAGUCUGGUUCCAGAACCGACGUACCAAGCAGAAAAAGGACCAGACCAAGGACGUGGACAAGCGCUCUUCGUCUACCUCUGAGUCCCUGGCCACGUGUAACAUCCUGCGUCUCCUUGAACAGGGGCGCUUGCUGUCAGUGCCUGUACCUCCUCCUAACCCACUGCUGGCACCACCACAUGCUGCCAACGGCUCACUCCUGGGAGGCCCAUCUGUGUCCUCCUCCUCUCCUGGGGUAAGCAGUACAGGCACUCCUCCAGUGAUUGUGGGCAGUGGUGGUGGAACAUUUGGCCUAUCUCUGUCUUCACUUGGUGCUACACCGCCGUCACCGAGACUUGGGGUAGCCCCCCCGUCCCUUUUCUCUAUGCCACUAAUAAGUGGUGCUCAUCACGAAAUCACAUCUAGCUAUGGGUGUGGAUCAUCAGCUUUUGAGCCCUAUACAAGGACAGAGAGGAAAGAUGGGGACUUGGGUGGGAAGAAGACAGUUUCCUAA